UCGUGAGUGCUGUUCUCGCGCGGGCCGCGGUUUCCGGGCUGGUGUGGGCGCGCCGUGCGGGACGAUUUUUUCUUCCAGGCGGCUUCCUUUCUCUGGGACCAUGGCCACCGACUCGUGGGCCCUGGCGGUGGACGAGCAGGAGGCAGCUGUCAAGUCGAUGAGCAGUUUGCAGAUCAAGGAAGAGAAAGUCAAACCAGAUACCAAUGGUGUUGUCAAAACCAGUACCACUGCAGAGAAAGAUGAAGAAGAGAAAGAGGACAAAGCUGCCCAGUCCUUACUCAACAAGCUUAUCAGAAGCAACCUUGUGGAUAACACGAACCAGGUGGAGGUCCUGCAGCGGGACCCAAACUCUCCCCUCUACUCAGUGAAGUCUUUUGAAGAGCUUCGACUGAAACCACAGCUUCUCCAGGGAGUCUAUGCCAUGGGCUUCAAUCGGCCAUCUAAGAUACAAGAGAACGCCUUACCCAUGAUGCUGGCUGAGCCCCCACAGAACCUGAUUGCCCAGUCUCAGUCUGGCACUGGGAAAACAGCUGCUUUCGUCCUGGCCAUGCUUAGCAGAGUGGAACCUGCAGACCGAUACCCCCAGUGUCUGUGCCUCUCCCCAACAUAUGAGCUGGCGCUUCAAACAGGAAAAGUCAUUGAGCAGAUGGGCAAAUUCCAUCCAGAACUAAAGCUUGCUUAUGCAGUUCGAGGCAACAAAUUGGAAAGAGGGCAGAAGAUCAGUGAGCAGAUUGUCAUCGGCACUCCUGGGACCGUCCUGGACUGGUGCUCCAAGCUCAAGUUCAUCGACCCCAAGAAGAUCAAGGUGUUCGUCCUGGACGAGGCUGACGUGAUGAUAGCUACUCAGGGCCACCAAGACCAGAGCAUCCGCAUCCAGAGGAUGCUGCCCAGGAACUGCCAGAUGCUGCUGUUCUCUGCCACCUUCGAAGACUCUGUGUGGAAGUUUGCCCAGAAGGUGGUCCCAGACCCCAAUGUCAUCAAACUGAAGCGUGAGGAGGAGACCCUGGACACCAUCAAGCAGUAUUAUGUCCUGUGCAACAACCGGGACGAAAAGUUCCAGGCCCUGUGUAACCUGUAUGGAGCCAUCACCAUCGCGCAAGCCAUGAUCUUCUGCCAUACCCGCAAAACAGCGAGUUGGCUGGCAGCAGAGCUGUCGAAGGAAGGCCACCAGGUGGCGCUGCUGAGUGGCGAGAUGAUGGUGGAGCAGAGGGCUGCGGUGAUUGAGCGCUUCCGAGAGGGCAAGGAGAAGGUUCUGGUGACCACCAACGUGUGUGCCCGUGGCAUCGAUGUGGAGCAAGUGUCUGUCGUCAUCAACUUCGACCUUCCCGUGGACAAAGACGGGAACCCGGACAACGAGACCUACCUGCACCGCAUCGGGCGCACCGGGCGCUUCGGCAAGCGGGGCCUGGCGGUCAACAUGGUGGACAGCAAGCACAGCAUGGGCAUCCUGCACAGGAUCCAGGAGCACUUCAAUAAGAAGAUAGAAAGGUUGGACACGGAUGAUUUGGACGAGAUUGAGAAAAUAGCCAACUGAGCAGCUGCGCCAGCCACGGGUGCCCGCCCUCAGUGCCACCCUUGCCCGGAGACAAGUGCUCUCACCCCGGCACAGGCCUCGACGGUCACCAGAGACGGCGGGCGAGGACAGAGAAGCUACCUACCUCAUUCUCAAUUACGUUGGACUUCACAAAAAUCCGUGCAAAUGAUGGGGGAUGGUAGAAAACGUUUACACAACUUUGGAAGAUUA